AGCAAAAUCCGCAAGCCAGUCAGAGGCCACUCACAGCGACGCCAGUAGCAUUGCAAGUGUUGUGACUCAACAACGCAGCUCCUGGCACCGCAGAGACGCCAUGCAGCAAGUUGCGUGGCUCCUCGCAACGUAUAUUGCGUGUACGAGCGCCCUGCUCCCUACGGCUGGACUCGUAGCCACCACGCCGGCAGCCAGAGGCGCCACGACCAGACUCGCAGCCACGACGCCGUCGCUCGGUCUCUACGGCGACUGGGAGCCGAGUGCGGGCGGCAGCUACGUCCUCGAGGCGGCGGACGGCCCCGAGGCCGCGAAGGGCGUCGUGCACUUUUUGGGAGGCGCGUUCGUCGGCGCGGGGAGCCAGCUCACGUACCGCUACCUGCUCGAGCGCUUCGCCCAGGCGAACUAUGCGGUGAUCGCGACGCCGUUCCGGCUGUCCUUCGACUACCAGUCGGUCUGCGACGCCGUCGAGGCGUCGUACGACGCGGCGCGCGCCGAGGCACAAGAAAGGGGCUACGGCAGCGACCUCGAGGUCGUCGGCGUCGGCCACUCCUGCGGCGCCCUGCUCCAGGCGCUCAUCGCGACGCGGCGGCCGAACGAGCGGCGGCGGCUCGCGCUCCUGUCGUACAACAACAAGCGCGCCGCGGAGGCGAUCCCGCUCUUCGAGUCGGUCGUGGCGCCCAUCGCCGUCGAGGCCGUCGCGGAGUCGCUCCCGACGACGCCCUUCGCGCGGCAAGCCUUAUCGCUGCUGCGGAACGCCGGCGAGGAGUUGUUGGAUGCAGCCACCGACACGGACAGCCAGAACCCCUUCAUGCGGCUGCGCGCCGCGGCGCCGGCGAACGUGCGCGCGCUCGGCGACGCCUUCGUCGGGGAGACGUCGACGAUCGCGCGCCAGGGCCUGGAGCUCGCGGACCAGCUCCCCGACCUGCUGGGCGAGAUCGCGGGCGGCGCGCGCGAGUUCGAGCCCGAGCCGCGCGAGAUGCGCGAGCUCCUGCGGCUCUCGUUCCGGGCAGAAGACGUGCUCGUGGUGCAGUUCGACGACGACCAGCUAGAUGAGUCGGACGAACUCUACAGCGUGCUGCGGGACUCGGUCGCGCGGCGCCAGGCCGAGGGCGAGGUCGAGGGCGCGGCGCCGGCCGUGCGUCUUGCCAGAUUGGGCGGCACGCACGUCACGCCGCUGACGCAGGACAUCUUCCUGCCGGCCGAGAAGGUGUCGGAGUACGCGUCGGCCGCGGCGAACGUGUCGCCCGUCAUCGAGGCGCCGCGGCGGUCGUUCCUCCGCGACGUCGACGCGACGUGGGGCGAGCUCGAGGCGUGGCUCGCGCCGAGGUAAGGUGUACUACAUGUCGA